AUAUUGUGUACUGGCAUCGAAGCCAAAGAGAUGCCAUUUUGCUGGAGGGCACGGACAAGGCCGGUCAGUUGCGGCCAUGUUAAUGCGGGGCAGUCCCAUCUCUCUGCGGGGCGCGAAAGCAAGGUCCUGGAAGAGAGAAACAGUUAAAGAAAAAGGGCGCGGAUGGCGUCGGGGCGCCCCGAGGAGCUGUGGGAGGCGGUGGUGGGGGCUGCCGAGCGCUUCCGGGCCCGGACGGGCACGGAGCUGGUGCUGCUGACGGCUGCGCCCCCCCCGCCCCCUCGCCCGGGCCCCUGCGCCUAUGCAGCCCACGGUCGAGGGGCCCUGGCCGAGGCUGCCCGCCGCUGCCUCCACGACAUCGCCCUGGCCCACCGGGCUGCCGCCGCCGCCCGGCCCCCCGUGCCCCCGCCAGCACCGCAGCCGCCCAGCCCUGCACGGAGCCCACCCCGGCCUACCCUAGCCAGGGAGGAAGAUGAGGAGGACGAGGACGAGCCAACGGAGACAGAGACCUCUGGGGAGCGGCUGGGCGUCAGCGAUAAUGGAGGACUCUUUGUGAUGGACGAGGAUACCACGCUCCAGGACCUGCCCCCCUUCUGCGAGUCAGACCCUGAGAGCACGGAUGAUGGCAGCCUGAGCGAGGAGACCCCCGCUGGGCCCCCAGCCUACUCAGUGCCCCCGGCCUCAGCCCUGCCCACACAGCAGUACGCCAAGUCCCUGCCCGUGUCCGUGCCCGUCUGGGCCUUCAAGGAGAAGAGGACAGAAGCUCGGUCAUCCGAUGAGGAGAACGGGCCGCCCUCCUCGCCGGACCUGGACCGUAUCGCGGCGAGCAUGCGCGCGCUGGUGUUGCGGGAGGCCGAGGACACUCAGGUCUUCGGGGACCUGCCGCGGCCACGGCUCAACACCAGCGACUUCCAGAAGCUGAAGCGGAAAUACUGAGGCCCAGGGAGCUUCCCGGCCCGGCGUCCGCCCCACCCCCACACUACACCCCUGCCCCGCCCCCGGGGCCCGCCAAUCCGAGUCAGAUCCGG